AAAGGCAACCUACGAACAUAUUCUUCCAAGCUUUCUUUUUUGGAGUCUUUAGCAUAUUAAUUGAUAGGUCCCCUCCCCCCCCAUUUCUACCCUACCAUACUGAUCAUCAACCAACAACAAUAAUUCUAACUUUUCUGCUAUACAUCUUCUUGGGUUUUUUUUUUCCCCCCUUUUUAAUCCAUGGACAAAUUUAAGUUCUUUCAGAUUCUAAAGCUCUCGGUUAUGGUCAUUCUACUUUGCAUCACCCCUUUUUUAUCCGCAUCAUUAAGGCCUCCCUACAUAUAUUUCAUUGUUAAUCUUCUCAUCAUUGCACUUGGUGCUGAAGCCGGCCUUCUUCCCUUCCUAUUCAAAAGCACAGAGUCUGAUAACAAAACCAGUACUACUACCAGUUUUUCUACUCUUGAUGAUCAUAAUGUCGCAGCUCAAAAACCCGGUUUGGUUUCCUCCGAGGAUACAUUUUACAAUAAAGAAAAAACGGCUGAAAUCGCCACCGGGACUGGAAACCGGGAAGGAGAAAAACCAGCAAAGGCGGUUGAGAAAUCAUCAUCUGAGAAGGUUGUUAUUGGUCAGGUGGCCUAUAAGGUAGUGAGAAAGAGCCCUUCUAUGCCAAGCCUUUUUUUCAUUGGAGAUGAUCAGGUAGAAGAAGUAUUAAUAGAUCAUGAUCAGUUGAUUGAAGAGGGGAGAAAUGCAGAUGAUUAUGAAGAAGGGGAAGAUGGGGAUGAUGAUCAUGAAAUUAAUGGUCAGGAACUGUUUCAUCAGGCAGAGACAUUUAUUGGCAACUUCCACAAACAUUUGAGGAUGCAAAGGGAAGACUCGUGGAAUAAACUUCAAGAGCUUUGUCACCAAGCUUUUUGAUGAGGUUAAUUUUUUGAGCUGCAUGCAUGGUUCAAGAUUUGGGUAUCUAUCACUAUUAAUCUCAUGAUUUACGUACUAAUUAAAUAAAAUAGCUAAUCAUUACUAGUUUCUAGAUUGGAGACACAAAACACUAUCUUCAUUGAUCUUUCUUUUUUAAAAGGAUAGUGAUAUUUGUUGGAUUAUUAAUCGAUCGUACUCAUGUUUCAGUUUUAGUGGAUUAAAUAACAUAACAGAUAUGACUAUUAUUUUUUGAUGGAGAUGAUAGUCAUUGCUUGCUUGGGACUAGAGCUAAUGGUUAUAGGGUUUAUAGUUCAUAUGGUAGCAAAAGAACCAAGCCCAAAUUGAAGAAUACCAGUGUAUAUAAUCCAUACUUUCUGUCCUAUAAUGAUUGUUUACGUGCGAAAGAAAUUGUCCGUAAAAUAUAUAGAUUAUUUGAUGUACGUGUGCUAUCUUAUUUCUGGAUAUGUAAACUUGAGUAAUUAUGAAUUUU